AUGCCCUCCAGCUUCUGGAUUUCUGCCUCCACAUGCCCCAUUGGCUGACAUGCUGAUCUCGUCGUCGGUCGGUUGGUCUGCGGCUGAGCCACGAUGGUACGGUACCUAGUCUUCAGCAGGUCUCACCUGGCGAGUGUGCAGUGCAGCAGUAGUAGUACAGGGGGGCGCGAGUGGUCACGACGGAGACAAGAAGGGAGGAGUCUGGACUGCCGUGGAGCGCUGCGAAAUGUAUAUAUCCUCGAGAGCCCAGCCGAGAAAUUCGCAUCGGUCUCAUCCAAGUCCCUGGGUACAUACAUCAUAUCCAGUCGUCACGAAAUAUCACCCGCCCCGCCGAUCCCCUCCAAAAAUAUGCAAUCCUACACCAGCACCGUCGCCCACCACCACCGCCGCCCCACCCUUCUCCUCCUCCUCUUGGGUCUCCUCGCCACCGUCUCAGCCCGGCCAUUGACAGCCGUCAAACCCGCCUCCUCGACGGCAGGCAACGACAACAGUGCGCGCGCACGACAAAACCGCACGAUCGCUUUAGUCUGCGGACUCAUCGGCGGCACGCUGUUUUUGGGGGUAGUCACGUAUGCGGUCUACCUGUUCUGCUUCAAGAAGCGGCGUGCGGGGGGAGACCUAAAGGCGGAGGAUGGGGACAAGAGUGGGGAAAUGCAGGAGGCUAGGGAGUCCAGGAGGAGGAGCAUCUUUGCUGGACAGUCGAUUGCUGUGAGGGUGCCGACUUUGAUAGUCAAUGAGGAGAGGAAGGAGGGCGAGGGAAGACCGUUUCUGGAGAAGGGGCUGGUGUCCAGGGCGGGCACGCCGGAGCUGGAGUUGGAGAGGGUGCAGUCGCCAACGGUGUACUGCGAUGAGCUGGAGGAGAGCAAAGGGCACGGGGUUGCUGCGGUAAAAAAUACGCCGAUGGCAGAGCGUGGUGCUUGAUUUCUUUUCUACGCUGUAAAUAUACCGUACGGGCUUGGUGUUCGGAGUUAUCCAUGGGUCGUUUUUCUUCUAUCACCUCAUUCUGAGGAGUUCACGGGAUAGGUUUCAUGGAUGGCGUGCAAACAUCGGCAAUUGGGUAUAACGGAUCAAGUUCUUCGGUCA